AUGGCGCAGUCAUUAACAGGAUCAGGUGAACCAAUGAAGAGUAGUACGUUGUCCUCAUUACCAUCAGUGGAACAGCCAGUGUUAGUGUCAGCUGAACAAAUUAUGAGUAGUGGCUAUGCCUCAUCACUGACAAUGGAACAGUCACUUUCAGUGUCAGAUGGGAUAAGUAGUGAAUAUUCCUCCUCGCCAUUGCUGGAACAUUCAAUGUCAGUUGAGUCAGUCAUGAGCAGUGGCUAUGCCUCAUCUCUAUCAAUGGAACAGUCGUUAUCAGGGUCAGGUGAACCAAUGAAAAGUAGUGGCCAAGCCUCAUCACUAUCGCAGGAACAGUCACUUUCAGAGUCACCUGGUACACUAACGAGUAGUGAUUUUGCCUCAUCACCAUCACUAGAUCAGUUACUGUCAAGCCCAUUUAUACCAAUGAUAAGUGGUAGCUAUGCAUCAUCACUAUUAAUAUCAAUGUCGGGGUCCUUUGAGUCAGUAACAAGCGGUAUAUAUGCCUCAUCACCAUCAAUGAAACAGUCUGCAUCAGAAUCAUUUGUACCAAUGACAAGUGAUAGCUAUGUCUCAUCACCAUCAAUGAAACUGUCAGUAUCAGAUUCAUUUGUACCAAUGCCGGUUGAUAGCUAUGCCUCAUCACCAUCAAUGAAACAGUCAGAGUCAGAUUCAUUUAUACCAAUGACGAUGGGUAGUUAUGUGUCAACACUAUCAAUGAAGCAGUCAGUAUCAGACUCAUUUGUGCCUAUGAAGAGUAGUAUGUAUUCCUCGCCGGUGCCAGUGGAACAAUCAGUACCGAGUGUUAUUGAACUAGGGACAACGGGUGGAUAUUCCUCUUCGCCACUGCUGGAACAUUCGGUUUCAAGAUCAGUGUCACUUGGACCAAUGAUGAGUAGUGCUUAUGUAUCUUUAACAUCAGUGGGAAAGACACCAUUAAUUGAUUCAACGAUAAGCAGUCCAUAUGCCUCGUCUUCAUCGGUGGACCGAUCAGUGUUAAGUUCAGCUGAACCAGUGAUGAAUAGCGUCUAUGCGGCCACAUCAUCAAUGGAAAAGUUACACUCCUUGUCUGAUGAACCCUUGAUGAGUACUGUCUAUGUAUCUUCACUCUUAGAGGUGCAUUCAUCGCCAGCUUCACUCCAGUCCAAGCUGAGCAGUAUUUACAUGUCUACACAUCCUUUUGAACAUGCUGUGUCAUCUCCAUUGGUUUCAGGCUUCAGCAGUGGGUAUUUAUCAAUAUCUACCGUGAAAGAGUCAGUGUCAGUAUCAUUUGAGCAAGGAAUGAGCAGCGUUCAUGCAUCUCUACCCUCUGAGUCUUUCCAAACAGCUUCUGACUUUACGACCAGUGUAGAACUAACAGCGAGUCCUGCAGCCACCGACCAAAUCCCGCUAUCAGCUAGCGACCAAACGGCCUUCACGUCUGUUUCGCCUUCUGAGCUCAUUCUAUCAUCAGUUUCUGAAAGCAUACCGAGUUCAACGACAUACUUGUCAUCAGACAGUCAUGAAAUAAGUGUGCUAUCAAUUGAUCAAAGUCUAACAUCGAUCGUCCAUUCAGGUUCCUCAAGUGCUGAACUAAGUUCGUCAAUUUAUGUUGAGCCAAGUCACUCCUCUAUUAUUGUGCAAUCAAGUUCCUCAUUUGCUGGACCAGUGUCUUCAAUAUCCACUGAAGCAGUGAUAGCCUCAUCUGCGACUGAUUCAAGUUCGAUAGUAAUAACUGGACAAUCUAGCUCCCUUUCUGCUGCAGCAGUAACAGUAGCAGCUUCUUCUGAAGUAGCAGUGGCAUCAACUGAAGUUGCAGCAACAUCUGCGGAAAUAACUACAUCGUCUGUUGCUGACUUAAGUUCGUCCCUUAUUGCUGAUCAGUCAAGUUUGAUAUCCUCUGCUGAAGUAGCAGUGACAUCAUCUGUUGACGUAACAGUGACAUUGUCGUUUACUGAGUCAGGUUCACCAUUCACUACUGAUCAACUGAGUUUAAUAUCUUCUGCUCAUGUAGCUGUGACAUCAUCUACUGAUGUAGCACUAACAUCAACAUCUAUUGCAGUAGCAGGUUCUAGUUCUGUUGAAGUAGCAACCACAUCACAGGCUGAGCUAUCAACAACUGCAAUUGAAGUAGCAGCGACAUCAUCUAUAGUUGUGGUAGUACCAACAUCUGUAGCAAUGGCAGCAACGUCAUCUGUUAUUAGCCAGUCAAGUGUAUUAUCCUCAUCUGAAGCAGUAACAACAUCUGUUAUCGAGUCAAGUUACACAUCAGUUACUGGCCAAUCAAUUUCCACAUCCCCUGCAGCAUCAGCAGAAGCAGCAGUAACAAGUUCCAUAGCUUUAACAACCUCUGUUGACGUAGCCACAACCUCUGUUGACGUAGCCACAACCUCUACUGAAGUAGCAGUAAUAUCUACUGCAGUAGCAACAACCUCUAUUGAAGUAGCAACAACCUAUGUUGAAAUUGCAGCAACGUCAUCUGGCUUUGAGUCAAGUUCGUCUGUAUCCUCAAGUGAAGCAUUAUCAUCUACUGAAGUAGUAACCAUAACAUCUGCUCAGCUAGCAACAUCGUCUGCUGAAACGUCAUCAUCAUCAUCAUUUGCUGAAGUAGUAACAUCGUCUGCCGAUAUAGUAAUAGCAUCAUCUGCUGUUGAGUCAAGUGCAUCUUCGGUUGCUGAACAAUCAAGUUCAACAAGCUCUGGUGAAGUAGUAGCAACCACAUCUAUUGAUGCAGCAUUAACGUCUUCUGUUGAAGUAGUGGCAACGUCGUUUGCUGGCGUAGUGGCAACAUCGUCUGUUGAAAUAGAAGCAACAACAUCUAUAGUUGAGUUAUCUUCAUCUUCUGUAACCGAACAGUCAAGCAUAACAACCUCUGCUCAAAUAUCAGCAACACCAUCAGUUCAAGUAGCAGUGACAUCAUCUGUAGAUGUAGGAACAACAUCAGUUGAAGAACCAGCAACGAGCUCUAUUGACGUACAAGCUACAUCAACAGCACCGACAUCAUCUCCUGAAGUAACAACAAACUUUAUCGAAGUAGCAUCAUCGUCUGAAGUAGCAGCAACGACAUCUGUUGAAUUAGCAACAUUAUCGUCUGAAAUAGCAACAACAACUGUUCAAUUAGCAACAUCAUCAUCUGUAAUGGGAACAACGACCUCUGUUCAGUUAGCAACAUCAUCGUCUGAAGUAGCAACAACAUCUGUUGAACUAGCAACAUCGUCGUCUGAAGUAGCAGUAACAACCUCUGUUGAAUUAGCGACAUCGUCGUCUGAAGUAGCAGUAACAACCUCUGUUGAAUUAACAACAUCAUCGUCUGAAGUAGCAGCAACGACAUCUGUUGAAAUAGCAACAUUAUCGUCCGAAGUAGCAACAACAUCUGUUCAAUUAGCAACAUCAUCGUCUGAAGUAGCAACAACGUCAGUUGAAUUGGCAACAUCAUCGUCUGAAGUAGCAGCAACAACAUCUGCUCAAUUAGCAACAUCAUCGUCUGAAGUAGCUGCAACAACCUCAGUUGAAAUAUCAACUACAUCUGCAGCAGUAGCAGUAACAACCUCUGUUGAAGUAGCAACGACAUCAUCUGCUGAAGCAGUAUCAUCAUCUGCUGAAAUAGCAACAACAACCUCUGUUCAAUUAGCAACAUCAUCAUCUCAAGUAGCAACAACAACCUCUGUUACAGGAGAAACAUCAUCUGCUGAAGUUGCAACAACAUCCUCUAUUGUAGUAGCAACGGCAUCAUCUGCUGAAGUAGCAGCAACAACCUCUGUUGUAGUAGCGACGACAUCAUUUGCGGUAGUAGCAGCAACAACCUCUGUUGAAGUAGCGACGACAUCAUCUGCUGGAGUAGCAGCAUCAACCUCUGUUGUAGUAGCGACGACAUCAUCUGCGGAAGUAGCAGCAACAACCUCUGUUGAAGUAGCGACGACAUCAUCUGCUGGAGUAGCAGCAUCAACCUCUGUUGAUGUAGUAGCAACAUCAUCCGUUACUGAAUCAAGUUCAUCAACUGUUAUUGACCAAACAACUACCACAUCCUCUGCAACCAUUUCAGACUCACUAGAACCAAGCACAAGCACGUUAUUCGUCGUUUCGUCUGCUGUCGCUACGCCCACUAUAUCUGCUUCUGGUACGACAACUGGAGAGUUGACAUCAACGCCAAGCCUUAUCUCGUCCUCAUUUUACUCUUCUGAAAUAGUAACCUCGUCAACUGUCCCUGCCUCUCUUGAUGCAUCUGGUCUCACGGGCUGUUUCGAAAUAAGAACUUCGAAUCUGGACGCAAAUAUACGCGUAUUCGACGCUGUAAAUUGUGCUGGAGAAGCCGUCUCCUCCUUUGGACAGCAACUCACAAACAUCAGCGCCGAAGUCACUAUACCUUCCAUAGAAGUGUCAUCUGCUUCUUCCAUCAUACCGACUGCCACAGUGAGCAGCGUGGCAACCGUGAUCGUGGUAAACAAUGCUUCGGGAGAAGCAAACUGCUCCGCUUACAACUAUGCUGGGCAGACGGACUCUGCCAUUUUGUCAAAACUGACGACGGACGUGCAGAGUAUCCUGACCUACUUCUCGUCCAUGGGCAGCACUGACGUGAGCCAGGCCUUAACCUGCGCCAACGCCGUCCUCGGAACUCUGGCAAGUCAGUACCAGGCCACGCUAACGACCUUCCAGAACAUGUCGUCAUCAGUGGACUCGACGCUCAAGACGUUGGCAGAGGACAUAAUAGCAGCCAUACAAGCAGCGUCUGGUUGUUCUGGGACCAUCGACUGCGCAGGAGACUGCGACGGAUCAGCCAUUCUUCACGCCACGUGCACCGUUUGUCAUGGCGGGAAUGCAAACUACACGCAGACAUCAGAUUUCAUCGACUGCAAUAACGAUUGUUUCGGAAAUGCCACCACUAAUGUUUGUGGUGAAUGCUACGGCGGCAAAACUGGUCGCAUAUCCACUUACGGCAUCGACAGCUGCGACGGUCAGUGCAUUAAUAAGCCAGGCUACUCGAGCAACAUCGACUGCAACAACGACUGCAAUGGAACAGCUAGAAUCGACUCGUGCUCCGGACAGUGCGUUGGAGGAAACACUAGUAAACUGGAAGCCGACUUUCGCGACUGCAGCGGCCAUUGUAACGGCGUCAACGUGAACGACACGUGUGGUUUCUGUGUGUCGCCGACCAGUGUGACGGCCACAGGUAGUGAAUUCAUGGACUGCAGCGGCACCUGCUAUACGCCAGGUACCAAAAGUCAAAUGGCCCAAAUUAACACUUGUGGAAUUUGCGUUGGGGGAAACACUGGUUUGUCCACCACGGCUGGAAUGGACGAAUGCGGGGUGUGCAAUGGUGACAACAGUACUUGCUCGGACUGCGAGGGAGUGCCUAACGGGGGUAAAGUGUUCGAUGCCUGCCAGGUGUGUGGCGGGGACGGAACGUCCUGUCUUGCUGUUCAGUCUGCCAAUCCCGACAUCAUUCCAUCAGGGGUGCAAAAAUCUGUAACAGUGGCGGGUGCUGGGCUAAAUGGAGUGAAUCUGGAAUGUGUUCUGGUGCUGGACGGAACAUCAACUGAAACAGUCGUCGUCAUCUCUACGAAAACAAGCGCACAGUCCAUCGUCAUUACCGUUCCCAGCAACGUCGCUGCAGGCUCGUACUCGGUUGAGUGUCGACAGCAAAAUGGGGGAGCGUUGGCAAAUUCCACUGCUACAUUGCUGGUUUACGACUCGACAGCUGUGACGGCGACGUCAAUAUCUCCGACAAGUUUCAUCAAAGGGUCGGGGACUCAGACGCUCACCAUCUCAGGGUCUGGUUUCAUCGUGGGCAAGACCUUCUGUCUCAUCACAGUUGGAAGUGCUUCAGAAAUAAGUGUGGCUGCUACAGUAAACAGUGGAAGUACGGGAACGGCCACCUGCGUCGUCAACCACCCGGCCAAGUCCGCCAUCAUCUCAGUGUCCAUGACCUUCAACGGCGUCGACAGGAUCGGCAACCCGCUGACCGUGGUUGUGAAUGCCGCGGCGGUGACAGCCCUGGCAAAGUUCAGCGAUCUAGGAGACGAGGUUGUGGUGACGUUUAGCGGUGCUGUAAAUACCGUGUACCUUACAACGUGUGGAGAUAUUUUCAGCAGCACGUCAAGUCUGGGCUCUUCUGCAACAUGUAGCUUCGGGUCUCUAAGACUGCUCUUCAUCAGAGAUACGAACGUGACUCCCAAUACUGUUCUUACCCUGAAAUCUGGAGCAAUCAAAGCAUUCGGAGAGGACUACGCAAUAGCUGCCACGGGAUCAGUGACAGUUGCCACAGCAACGAACCCUGUGACCCCUAAGGCAUCAAUACGAGGUCCUACUUCCAUUUCCUCGUGUGGCGAUAUUAGCGUCCAGGCCGACGUGAAGAACGGCGGCGGAGGACGAAGUUUGACGUACACGUGGACCGCGUCUCCGUCCACGGGCCUGACGAUAGCUGGCCAUGGCACCAACCAGCUGUCGGUUACUGGAACACUGAGUGGCAGGACCUACACCAUCGGCUUGACAGUGACCAACUUCCUGGGUGCCUCUCACAGCACCACCUUAACUGUGGCCAAGUCGGCGUUUCCCAUCCCUGAGGUCAGGGCAAUUGCGCUAGCCGACACCGACAAAAUCAAGCGAUCCGACAGUUUUGAACUCAUCGCCGAAGUGAAAAUGUCAUCGUGUGCCAAGGAAACCAUGCAGUUCUUGUGGUCGUUCGACAAGAGCCGUGUGAAGGUGAACUCUGCCACAAAGACGUUGGCCAAAUACGUCGUCUUGCCCAGGGACCUACCCGCUGACGCCACCAUCACGGCGACAGUCACGGUGUCCAUGGCCGGUAACGUGACACGCUCGAGCACUGCCAGCGUCGUACUAAAGACCCAGUCCAGCAGCUUGGUCGCAGAGAUUCUAGGUGGCAGCGCAAUCACUGUGGGUAUACAGAGUGGAACGUUCACGCUAGAUGGCAGCACGUCGUAUGACCCGGAUGAUGAUGGAAGUCUAAUAUACGAUUGGACAUGUCAGCAAAUUACUGACUCGAAAACCUGUCUUGAUGGAAACGGAAACAUCUUCCCCACCUCGUCUCAGCGUGCCAAUGCGGUUCUGUCGUUCAGCGCGUCACUCUUCGUAGGCUCCAAGGACUACAGAUUUACUCUGACGAUCAGUUCAGCCAACAGAACCGCCACAGCAGCGGUUACGGUUCAUGCAGUGGACGGAAACCCUCCUCAGGUGACGUUACUGGGGAAUAGAAAGUUUGAUGUGUCUCGCCCUGUCUCGCUGAUUGCAAAAAUAACAUCUGGGAACAGCUUGUUGUCGGUAGUCUGGGACGCACAGGACACUGAAGGAUACGGUUCCAUCAAUUUCACUGAUCCUAACAAUUUGGAGCAGCAACUUCGCUCAGUUGGUUCAAAUCUCUACGUUGGUUUUCUCACAAUAAAAGAUGGUGUUUUGGAACGCGGUCUCAAAUACAUCAUAACUUGCACCGUCACCGACAGUAACAAUAAGGUAGCGACGCAGACCAUCGAGUUCUAUAUCUACAAAGGCGUCACGUCGUGCGUCAUGAGCGCGCCGUCGUCAUACACGGAGAUGAGCCCGUUAUAUCUGAGUGUAUCAAAAUGUUUGACGGACACUGAUGGCAUCCCUCUCUCUUAUAAGUUAUAUCAGUCUACCAAUAGCAGUCUCAAAUACCACCAGCUCAGUCCCAAGUUAUCCAUUGGGAGUCACACCGUUUUGUAUGGACCAAAACCUCUGUCUUCAAGUGGAAAUUACUUUUCUUUCGAGGUCUGUGCCAAACGGGGAGGUUGCAGAAUUUACACGACAACAAAUCCGGUAACGGUGAAUCCUAUUUCCGAUGCCGACGUGGUUGCUAAGAAACCGCAGGUUAUGGCGGAGACUCAGACAGCGAUAAAAUCAGGCGAUUCAGAGAAGGCUGCUGUAGGUCACGCAGUGUACGCGGACAAGCUGAUCGCUACGUCCUCGACGAACGCCAGACGCCGCCGCCGCCGGAGCACGGUUACGACGUCGAGCGUGAACGCGCUUCUGAUAACGACGAUCCAGUCAGCGAUGAGCACCAACACCAUGCAGGACGCGUUCGCGCAGACCAUGCUGGCCACCAUGGACAUCCUGCCCGUCUCCUUCACGGGGGACGCCGACCUGCUGUCCCUGGCGUCCUACCGGCUGACCAUUGUCCAGUACUACUACAACAACAAGAUCAAGAUGUAUGGUGCCCAGGUGGAGAAGAUCAGGAAGUGGCUCAAGGAGGUGGCGGCCCGCGGGGUCAGCGACGCCAGCGUGGUCAGUCUGAACGCGCUCAAGGACAAGGUCGCCAGGAUCGGGUUCGCACUCGGCGAGUCGCAGACGAUAACGGAGAGCACCCACACCGAGCUGUUCAUGUACAAGAUUCCAACGGACGGCAACCAGGCCAAGUCCGCAGCAGAUGCGACCACCGUCAAUUUCGGAACGUCCAUUGGUUCAAAGUAUUCUAGUUACUCGUGUGGUGGCGGAUCAUCCACCUGUACGGGGGUUGGUAUUCAGAUCCGCAGCUACAACACCGACCAGGAUCCUCUUUCUACAUCUUCUACUGACCAGGCAAGCAGAGUGGGCGACGUAUUGGACGUGGUGUUAUCGGACCCAACCACAGGUGAUCUUCUCGGAGAAGAGACGGGCCUAACGAACCCGGUCUCGUUCGACUUCGUGAUAACUCGUGGCCAAACGGGCAAGACGUACGUGUGUCGGUUCUGGAACACGGCCACUUCGGAAUGGAAGGAGACCGGAUUGACGACUAGCGGACAAACAGCCACCUCCGUCACCUGUUCAUCCACCCAUCUGACAACAUUCUCUGUGUUUGCUGUAGCAGUUGCAGGCACGGGCGUCGACAACGUGUCCACCAUCAUAGGAAGCACGAUCGGUACAGUGGUCGCGGUGACCAUUUUAGCCGUGGCCGCCUUCAUGGUCGUCAAGCACUUCAAGACAAGAAAUAAAGUGUUCCCAAUCAACCUCAACGACAACCUCAACGACGUCUGAUGUCGUUGCCCACGUCACCCGAGAGGCAAACAGUCUGUGAUAUCGUAAAUGUUGACAUUUAUAAGUUCGCUAUCGUUUGCAUCAGAGUAAUAAUAAUACAUAGUUUCGUGGUAUAUUAUUUAUAUACGCACUGUAACAUCAUGUCGUGAAAACAAUCCUGUAUCAUUGUACAUUAUUUAUUCAUCCGUUGUGUCAUUGGCCAUAUUGCUCAUAUAAGCACGGUGAAAUGAUAUCCGAAUAAUUAGUUUCAUUACUUAUGUAUAUACUUGUACAAUGUUUGUCUAUAUUAAAAUAAUUAAUAGUUUUCUAAUAAGCCUUCAUAUAAUGAUCUAUAACUUUGACAUUUUGAUUCUUUGUAACACAUUACCGUACGAAUUAACUAUAUAUUUUAAAUAAAAUAUUUUUAGGUAACCGUAAGUUAUUUAGAAGUGACUACAUAAGGAUCUACUAAAUGGGUAUUGUUUCAACUUUAUUUGAAAGUAGUUUCUUUCAAAAUUGGAAUCAUCGAAUUGGUAUCUCGAAUGUUAACGAACGGAAUAAUUCUCGACGCUAGGUUGCGUUCAGUAGGGCCUAUACAGAGGUUUUGUCGAGACCACACUCGGACGAUUUGACUGGGUCCAGUCAACUCACAUCCUUGUAUAUAGUUGAUAAACAUUUGUAAUAAAAACUGAUUUGUAUUUUUUGUCCGUAAUAUUCAUUAUUAAAGUUCAGUGUGUUUCUGUUAAAUAAUAAACAAACAGCACUGUUUGGAUAAGAGUUUAUGUUAUAAAUACACUAUUGUAGUUGCAGUACCGAACUCUGUAUUACUUAUUGAUAUUGUAUAUACCUGUCACGUGUUCACCAAAAUGCAUGUGUUCAAUAAGUGUUCAUAAUUCGCAUGUAUGUUUAUAUAAAAAUAUUAUAUCCGUUUUCUUUGAUGACUAGAGAUGUAAAUAAUUAGUUUGUUUUUUUUUUUUUGUUUUUUUUCUCUUCUUUUUUUUUUGGUGCCAUUAAUGUUAAUUAUCAAUAGAUGUCACUUAAUUUGCAUACCACUAGACCAGUUCUGAAUUCGAAUGAAAAACCAGGCCGACACGUGAUUGGCUUAAAGAAAAUGACGUCAGUAUAAUUGCAGGCGCGUGUACAGAGGGAGGGUUUUGUUAGUCGAAAUUCUUCCUUGCUAAAGCAAAUGUUCUUUUUUCAAGUUAUUACAUACCUAUUCAAUCUUACUAUAGUGAUAAAGACAUUUUGAAACCGUGUGAUAAAUUUAUUAUGUAUCUCACAUAUGUGCCAUAUGGACCGGAACGUUUAAAUGGGGAAUUCCCUUUUUCUUUUUAUCGCAGUUAGCGCCUUUUAUUUACUGAUGUCAUAUAUGAUUUACAAAUGAUAUCACAUCAUAUUUGAAACAUUACACAAGGUUGCUGCAGAGUGUGAAUCUUAACGUUUAGUAAAUCCAUGAAAGGAGUUUUGAUCAUAGAUUUAACAAAGUGUUGUUAUGACGUUAAAUUAAAAACUGUUUUUGUAAAACCUAAAAGAAGGUAAGUAAUAAAUACAAAACUUCACAU